AGAGAGAGAGAGAUUGUGAAGGCUGUCUUUGGCUGGACUGUGUGUGGACUCUGGUCCGUCAGGCUGUGUGAAAAGAAGGAACUUAAAACUAUGGAUCAGAUCUUGACGGUCCCAUGGGUGGCAGCUCUUUCUGUGGUGGUAGUGACUGUGCUGUACUUCGUUCUGCGAGGCUCUCCAGGAGAGAAGAAGAAGAAACUGCCUGUCACUCUGCAGGAUCCUAUGGUCAAAUAUGCCCUUCCCCUUAUAAACAAACAGGAAAUCAGCCAUGACACAAAGAAAUUUCGGUUUGGCCUUCCAUCUGCAACUCAGAUCCUUGGACUGCCAGUAGGUCAGCAUGUGUACCUGUCGGCCAGGGUGAACGGCAGUCUGGUGGUGAGAGCCUACACUCCAGUCUCAAGUGAUGAGGACCAGGGAUAUGUCGACCUCGUGGUCAAGGUGUACUACAAGAACUGCCACCCCUCCUUCCCAGAGGGAGGGAAGAUGUCUCAGUACCUGGACAGCAUGGCUAUCGGAGAUACCAUCGACUUCAGAGGACCCAACGGACUGCUGGUAUACAAGGGAAAUGGUCAGUUUUCCAUCCGACCAGACAAGAAGUCAGAGCCCAAAGUUCGGAAGUUUAAGCAUGUUGGAAUGAUUGCUGGUGGAACAGGUAUCACUCCUAUGCUGCAGUUAAUCCGCAGAAUCACAGCAGACCCCUCUGACAACACCAAGUGCUCUCUCAUAUUUGCCAACCAGACUGAGAAAGAUAUUCUACUGAGGGAGGAGCUGGAGGAGGUGAAGAAGAACUAUCCUGACAGAUUUAAACUCUGGUUCACACUGGACAAACCUCCGCAGGAUUGGAGCUAUGGUUCAGGAUUUGUGACACAUGACAUGAUCAAGGACCACCUCCCUGCUCCAUCCACUGACGUCCUUAUUGUCCUGUGCGGUCCUCCACCAAUGAUUCAGUAUGCCUGUCUGCCAAAUCUGGACAAGCUGGGACACAAAACAGAAAAUGUUUUUGCAUACUAGUGUUCUGACUAACUACCAGACUGGUUUGUUUCCUGUUAUUCAAUCUCUAAAACAGUCAUUAUAUGAACACUGUUGAUAGUUCAUAUAAUGUAGUUCAAAGAAUGCUUUUCAUUUAAGCACAUGUAAUUUUUGAACAACUACAUUUCAAACCUGUAGGUAAUUGCCAUCAAAAUUACCCAGUAACAUCACUAUGAAAAUGUCUUGGGACUCAGGUGGGCUUUUGUAUACAAUAUGUCAUCAAACUUUCUACCUGUGAUUGCAUUUUGUAUAAAACAACAGUCACCUUUAACAGUGAAUCUCCUUUUUAGGCCAAAAAUAAUUUUCUUGUGAAAUAAAGGCAUAAAAAGCA